CUUGUCACGUGCCCCGGGUUUACCCCGUGACCACCCUUCGGACGGUCCACGCUAUGGACCUCUCCGGUCCGCCAAAAUCGGGGCGCCCUUAGAUAUGCCUUAACUACUCGACGUUCAUUCUUUUAAAUUCAGACUUAACAACCAAUAAUUAGCACAGUCAAACCUUAGAAUUAAGGUUUGAUUAAUAACUUUCAGGCUCUGGGAAAGACUUCAACUUCAUCCAAUUCCGAGACAUCCAGGCAUCCGCUGUGGACACCUACAUUCCCACACCAGGACCCCUCCACAGGCUCUCCGCGAAGAGUGGCUUCAGCAGACGGCGCAAAGUUGACUUUAGUCUGGCGCGACGGGCUCCUUUGAAGGACCCCACGAGCCGGGGGAAGCUCUGGGGGUAACCAGGAAGGGCUCUUGGCGCCGUUGGCGCUGCGGUCUUCGGGAGUCCCCCUACCUGAGACGGUACCCCCUUCGCCCGGCUCCCGGUGUUCGCCGGCCGCCGGCCCGCUCCCGGAAGCGGUGGCAGCUGGUAACAAAGAGCUGCCAGGCCGCUGCUGCCCGGGCUACGGGACCCAGGAGUCCGGCGGAGCUGCUGGGAGUGAGCGCGAGGCGGGCCAUGAGGCCCGGUUCGCGGCGGUGAGGGGCGGCCGGCGGCGGCCGAGGUGCAAGUGCGGGCCGAGAAGCCGGUGCUUCCCUCCUCGCCGCCCGCGGGAUUUGGGGCGCGGGUGCCUCUGCUCUCCGGGCCGCUCAACUCGGGAAGGCGGCUUCCGGACCUUCCCCCGGCGGCGCAUGCCUUUGAGCUGCGGGGACCGACGCUCUGCCUCCGGCCACCGAACCUCGGGUUUCUCUUCCCCGAGGGGGUCCUGAAGCUUUGUGUAAAGAAGCUGGGGAAGCCUGACGGGUUUUGUUUUUAAUAAAAAGUUUUUAUAAGUCUGCACUUUUAGAAAUUUUUGCAGAGUUUGAAGUACUCUACCUCUUCGCAUCCUUUAUUCUGCUCCUUGAGUCUUUUUUCUUCUCAGCUGUAAACGUUUUUACUAUCGGAGCGGACCAGGGAUGAACGUUUUGUAAUUGAAACUGUAACUCCUCUCGUCGAGAUAGUAGUCAAGAUGGACAAAAAGUCCUUUGAAACGGUGCUGGAUGAAAUUAGAAAGGCUGUUUUGACAGAGUACAAAUUAAAAGCAAUUGAAUAUGUGCACGGAUAUUUCUCCAGUGAACAGGUGGUUGAUUUACUGAGAUAUUUCUCCUGGGCUGAGCCUCAGUUGAAGGCAAUGAAAGCAUUACAGCAUAAAAUGGUGGCUGUUCACCCAGCAGAAGUGGUCAAUAUACUCAACUGUUUCACCUUCAGUAAAGACAAACUAGUUGCUCUUGAACUGCUAGCUUCAAACAUUGUUGAUGCACAGAAUUCUCGUCCCAUUGAAGAUCUGUUCAGGAUAAAUAUGUCUGAGAAGAAACGGUGCAAGAGGGUGCUUGAACAGGCUUUCAAGGCGGGCUGCAAAGCUCCUCAUGCUAUGAUAUCUUCUUGUGGAACAAUCCCAGGAAAUCCAUAUCCCAAAGGAAAACCUAGUCGCAUAAAUGGAAUUUUCCCAGGAACCCCUUUGAAGAAAGAUGGUGAAGAGUGUACCAACGAAGGCAAAGGAAUAGCUGCACGGAUUCUCGGACCGUCCAAACCACCUCCUUCAACAUACAAUCCACAUAAACCCGUUCCUUAUCCGAUACCUCCAUGCCGGCCACAUGCAACUAUUGCACCAAGUGCUUAUAACAAUGCAGGUCUGGUACCAUUAGCCAAUGUCAUAGCUCCAGGUGUGCCCCCGCCACCUCCAUAUACUCCUAAUCCAGUAGCAGCAGAGAAUGAAGACCUUUCCAAUCAGUCAAAACCUACACAGAAUCCAGCGUUUUCUGCCCCAGCAAGUCAGCUCUUUUCUCCUCGUGGCUCUAACCCUUCGACACCUGCAGCAACUCCUGUUCCUGCUGCUUCCCCGGUCAAGGCAGUAAAUCAUCCAUCGGCAUCGGCCACUGCCGCCCUCCCUGGGAUGAACCUGCUGAACACCGUCCUUCCUGUGCUCCCGGGUCAGGUCUCAGCUGUUCAUGCACCUCAGCCAACGACGCCCAAUCCAACAGUUAUCAGAACCCUUUCCUUGCUGGCUGCACCGGUGACUUCUGUUCACAGCACCACAUCUGCUCCCGUUCCUUCUGUUUUUUCUGGCCACGUUCCACUGCCAGGUCCUUCUGCCACCCCUACCCCAGCACCUCAGGCCGCAUCUACACCUCGGGCCACCCCUGCUUCCAGUGAAACAUUUGCUUCUACUUCUGCCCCUUUCACUAGCCUCCCCUUUGCCGCCACCUCUACUGCCGCUUCUACCAACAACCUCGAUUCCUCCUCACUGGCAUCGGUUUUUGCUGGUCUCCCCUUGACCUUAACACCGACCUCCCAAGGUGUGUCCAACCCGACUCCUUCUGUAAUCGCCUGCGGUUCUGCUCCCACUGUUGCCUGUCCACUGGGUGUAAAUAAUCCCCUUCUGUCUGCUUUAAAAGGCUUUCUGACAUCAAAUGACACCAACCUCAUCAACUCUUCCACGUUACCCUGCGCCGUUACUAGUGGGCUGGCUUCCCUCGCCUCCCUCACUAACCAGAGUUCCGACUCUGCGGCGGCCGCCCUUAACAAGGGCUACGGCCCGCAGCGGGCCUCCACGCCGGGACUGGCCCUGUUCCCGGGCCUGCCCUCGCCGGCGGCCAACGCGGCUUCCACGCCCCCGGCUCUGCCUGCGCCCGCCGCCGCUGCCUCCUCGGGGCCUGCCGGCUGCGGCUCCUCGGCCACCCUGCUGCACGGCCCGCUCGCGAGUCACGCAGACGCGCCCGGUUCGUCGACGCCCGCCGCCACCAGCCUGCCCGUGGUGAUCAAGACCGAGCCCGCGAGCCCCACUCCUUCUGCCUUCAGGGGCCCGGCGCCCCCGCCGCCCCCCACCCCCGCUCCGGGCGCGCUGGGCCUGCCAGGGGCGUUGGGGCGGGCGUACGCGGCGGCUUCGGUGCCCGUCAGUUUACCGUCCUGCCUCGCCCCUGCGCUGCCGGGCCUCCCGGGCCUGAGCGCGACCCCGAGCGGCUCGAGCCCCCUGCCCUCCCUCCCGCUGCCUGCGCAUGGCUCCUCCGCGCCCAUCGCCCCUGUCUUCAGCGCCUUGCCCCCUUUCACUUCGCUGAGCAGCGGCUUCGCCCAGGCUGCCCACCCGCCCCUCGGCGCUCCCGCCUCGUCCGCCCCCACCUGCGCCCCCGGCCCCUCGGCGCCCGCCUCGGCGGCGGCCUUCCCACUCAGCCUGCCCGCCGCCGUGCCCUCGCUCUUCUCCGUGGCGCAGGGACCUCUGCCGGCCUCGGCUCCCUCCUACCCCGGCUUCUCCGUCUCCGGCGCGCCCCCCGCGCUGCCCUCGUUCCCGGGGCUGCAGCCGCCCGCCACCGGCGCUGCCACCGCCCCGUCGCCCGCUCCCGUCCUCCCCGGGUUCGCCUCCGCCUUUAGUUCCAGUUUCAACUCCGCUCUGGUUGCGCAAGCCGGCUUAUCAUCUGGACUUCAAGCUGCAGGCAGUUCUGUUUUUCCAGGCCUCUUGUCCCUCCCUGGUAUCCCUGGGUUUUCCCAGAAUCCUUCACAAUCAUCCUUGCAGGAAUUACAGCAUAAUGCAGCCGCACAGUCAGCAUUGUUACAGCAGGUCCACUCAGCUUCAGCUCUGGAAAGCUACCCAGCUCAGCCGGAUGGGUUUCCUAGUUAUCCUUCAACACCAGGAACACCGUUUUCUUUGCAACCAGGCCUGUCCCAGAGUGGGUGGCAGUGAAUACAUUUAAAUGCAUAUUCUCCUCCAGGGCAACAUCAGAAUCGCCUGAGGACUGCAGUGAACAAUUGGACACACAAAUGUGCAGUUGGCCAAAAGUCAGGAAAUGAGGAUGAGGAUAAUCCUGGGGAAAUUGGGAUAAGAGCUUAAAAAACGUCGUUACAUUUUUUAAAAAUGGUUUUAAGUAUGGACAUUCCCCUAUGUAAAUAUGCUGACAAUAAAUUGUAUGGAGAAUA